CUGGUGCCUCUUCUUCUUCACCAAGGCAGCCUGACCGUAUUCCAUGGACUUGCGCCGUGUUGUCGCCUCCCAGGAGCGAGGCUGGUAUCUGCAGCUGAUGGCGCCCAACGUCAAGGGGCCCGGUUAUGCCUGGCUGGACCCCUCCCGUCUCUACUGCCACCCUCAAGCGUUGCAAGACUGCAUUGAGGACUUGGUGCAGCCGUUUCAGGAUGAGGCCAUUGACUUGGUUGCUGGGAUUGAUGCGAUGGGCUUCAUUUUAGGUGCUGCCAUUGCCAGCUUCCUCCAGAAGGGGUUUGUGGCCAUCCGCAAAGCCGGGCACCUGUGCGUGGAGACCAUCACUCAGCCUUACAGGGAUUAUUCUGCCCGUGACAAGCUGAUGGAGAUGCGGAUGGAUGUCAUCGUGCCAGGCCUCCGAGUCUUGCUGGUGGACCAGUGGGUGGAGACUGGGGGAACCAUGCGGGCUGCUGUCCGGCUGGUAGAAGAACAAGGAGGCGUGGUGGCAGGAGUGGCUGCCAUCUGCAUCGAAGAUAGCGAGGGAGGCUCUUGGCUCAAAGGGAACUACAAGUGGGCCCACUGCGUCCCCUCCCACCUGAUGCCCCAGUUCAACGCCCACUACCUGGACUCUUUCCAAGCCUUUGAAGCCAGAUGACACCUGCUGUAGCUGAAGGGGGGGGGCACACGCAUCCCAUCUCAAGUCGGCUGAGUUUAUGUAGGAGCACAUGGCGCAAGCAUCCGGGCACUGAAUAAACCCACACCAUGGAACCCACAAACUUAAAACUUCCAGACCUGACCCUAAGAGCACUCCUUGGUUUAACCUGUCAUCCUCUCUUCUUCUGGAUGGAUAUCCUGGAAGCCUACAAGCAGGAACAGAGGUCAAAGGGAAUCCCCCACUGCUGCCUCACACUCCACCCUGGUGUUUUAGAGUUGCCAACCUCCAGGUGGUGGCUGGAGAUCUCCUGGGCUGGACAACUGAUCUCUAGGUGACAGUUCAGUUCACCUAUUUAAAAAUAGCCACUUUGGAAAUUGGGGCCUAUGGCGUUAUACCCCACUGAGGUCCUCCCCUCACCCAUUAAAAAAAACCCUGCCUCUCCAUCUCCUCCUCCCAUCUCAUGAUUUCCCAACCCGGCACUGGCAGCUCUAAGUUGACCUGCCUCCAGAGGUCCCCUUUAACUAUUAUGUCCAGGACUUUAUUUGUAGCAGGAACUCCUUUGUAUAUUAGGCCACCCCCCCAAUUUAGCCAGUCCUCCAGGAGCUUACAGGGCCUACUGUAAGCUCUUGGAGGAUUGGCUACAUCAAGGCUGUGUGGCCUAAUAUGCAAAGCAGCUCCUGCUAGAAUUCCACCCCUGGACCCAACCAAUACUCCUUCUCCGCUGUAGAGCCUUGUGAGCAAAAAUUCUACCUCGUGAGCUACUGGCGUUAAAAGUCGUAAGCCACUGCAGGCAUUAGUUUGCUCUGGGGCCAUUUUUCCUGAGCUGAGACAAAAAUGUGCAAGACGGAGGCUUAAAAACUGUGAGCUAGCUCACACUAACUCAGCUUAGAGGGAACAGUGGCCCCAACCCUGCAUUGCAUGAAGGACUUUCCUAACUCCGCUGCCCCUCAACUUCAUUGGGUGCCCGAGUUCUAAUAUUUUCUGGGGGUCAGAAAAAGUUCCCUGUAUCCCCUUCCCCCCCCCCCCCCCCUUCUCCUUGCUGCCCAAUGUCUUUUCAAGUUGAUGGGAUCUUCCAAGGUGUAGCUUUUCCCGCUCCCAUAAAGAGAAGCAGCUAAAACAGCCUUCGACUAACCAGCCCUGGCAGAAAUCAAUAAACCAGAGUGAAUCUU